CUGUCACACAUGGGAGCUGUUUACAGACCAGACGCGUCAACAUCGAUAGCAUGCUAGUUAUAAAGGUUGCUAGUUAAUCCGCUCUGACGUGAGAUUCAAUGGACAAGUAAUAGCAAACUAUCUAGAAAACCAAUGGACCCAAUGGAUUAAAAAUAUCAGAGACCUUAUCCAGUCCUGUUGUCGAUGUCAUCUUACUGAAAUGAAUUUCCUGCGUAAUCGUCUUGUUGUGCUCGGGCUGGUGUUAGUGGCUACGGUGUUGCUGUACCUGCUGCUGCCAUCUAUCCGACAGGGCAGCAUGGAACCCUCCCUUGAUGUCCAAAGAAUGGGGCUUGCGGUCGCCUCUCCCCCACCUCCGCCAUCAAUCAAUGUGUCCAUUCGCACAGGGCAUUUACCUGGGGACCCCCCACUAUUCUUUCGGGAAGCUUUGCCCAUGGAUGUAGCUGGUAAGCAGAUUCUUCCAAGGCUACAAAUUGUCCUUCUUCAUGGCCAGGCCUUCUCCUCUAAAACCUGGGAAGAACUUGGAACGCUUGCCUUGUUGGCCUCUAAUGGAUAUCAGGCUUUGGCAAUGGACCUCCCAGGAUUUGGAAAUUCACCGGAUUCUGAUGCUGUUAAGACUGAUCAGAAUCGGGUGGAUCUUCUCUGGAAGUUUAUGGAGGCACUGGGUGUUAGAACAGCAGUGCUGCUGAGUCCUUCUAUGAGUGGACACUACUCAAUACCCUUCCUCAUGAAGCACAGCGUGCAGCUGCAUGGCUUCAUAUCUAUUGCACCAGUAGGAACGCGUAGUUAUACUCCUGAACAGUACCAGGGGAUCCAGACUCCUACUCUGAUUGUAUUUGGGGCGCUUGACACCAAUCUAGGGGCCCAGUCCCACAAGAAUCUUAUUCAGCUCCCAAAUCACUCUGUGCUCAAGCUAGAGGGAGCACGCCAUGCCUGCUACAUGGACAAGCCUCGUGAGUUCCACCAAGCACUGUUGGACUUUCUUAGCAAAUUGGAAUAAGAUGUAUCGUAAAAAUACCUGAACGAUAACAAGCAAACUUACUUACAAAUAAAGUAAGAUGUGGAAUUGUGUGCAGGUGUAUAACUUAUCGUAUGCCCAUUUGAAGAUGGAAGGAACAUUGGUCCUUAGGGUUUAUGGGACAUGUGUUUGAUGUAAUAACCUUUCAUUGGUGGUGAAUCGCCUCUGGUUUUAUACUGGACCUAUUGAAAAGCAAUUAUAAAGGAGGUAUUAAAAAUAAUAGGUGUUACUAAUAGAGUUAAGUUUCUAACAAUAACAGAAUAUAAUUCAGUUAUCUCUCAUCAAGUAAAGAGAUUCACAGAAUGAAGCAUUUGUAACAGUAGGCUAACCAAACCACAAUUGUUUAGUCUAUUCCUCAUGCAGCAUGUUCCACUUCGCUCAGAAUUGUAUGAUUGAGUGAGGUAAUAAGAAUAUUAUCCUCCGAGCUGGACACACUAUAUUUCACUAUAUUUCAAGUCCUACCUGUUGAAUUAUCAACAGGUUGUCAUGCAUAACCUUUCAGACCUCUAGACCAACAAGCUCCAUUAUUGUGCUGUUAUUGUCACUGUCAGUUCACAACAUUUUCAACAAAAUAAUGUAUAUAAUAACAAUAUCUGUUACAUUUUAUUGUGAUAAAGGUAAUAACUGAGGGUAACUUUUUCGUUUUCCCAGUGGACAAUCAAUGAAUUUUCAAAGUUAAAGCCCCAAAACAGGGUGUUACGGUGUCCUAUGUAUAUUAUAAAGUAUUUAUGAAACAUU